UGGUCGCACGUGUCUUAACUAUAUUAUAUUGUAAACUAUCUGGUUGACUUACUUGACGAUUGAAAAUUAUUGUAGACGCAUACUUUUUUUUCAACUCAUUCGUUGCUCGUUCCUUUCUUGAUACAAAAAAAAUGGUAUUUUUUACGUGCAACCAUUGUGGCGAAUCGCUGAAAAAGGCUGCUGUCGAAAAGCAUUACUCAUUCAAAUCAUGUCGGAAUGCGCCAAUUUUCCUAACAUGUGUCGAUUGUUUAAAGGACUUCAGAGAGAAAGAAUACGUAGCCCAUACAAAGUGUUUGACUGAGGCUGAACGGUAUUCGGCCAAAGGUUUUGUAGCAAAACCGGAGAAGAAUAAGGGUGCUCAGAAGCAAGAAAUUUGGACGGAAUGCAUUCAAGAAUUGGCCGAACGUCCAAAUUUCGAUCGAACGACAAAAAAUGUAUUGGAACGCAUUGCCACGCAAUCGAAUGUGCCACGAAAGAAACCAAAAUUUAUUAAUUUUUUAAAAAGCAGUAUGCGAUAUAGUCCAAAUCAAGCGGAGAAGAUUUGGACAAUAAUCGAAGAUGGCUUAGAAGAAUUCAAAAAGAAAUCAGCACCAGCGACAUCAACAUCACCAUCACAACCAGAACCAUCUGUAGCAGACAUUGACGAAUCCACAAAUGAAACAAAGGAAAGUGCAAGCGAGAGUGAAAAAGUGACAGGCAGUGUAUCGAUUGAAUCGGUAAUUUUGCAUGCACUUGCUAAAUCGGAUAUUGAAAAAAGUACAAAAAAAGUGCUAAAAAAAUUGCAAAAGUCCACAGACAUUCCGUUGAAUGUCAAAUCGCCGAAGAAGAAAAAAUUCAUCAAUUUUUUGCAAAAACAAUUCGAAUUGGAUGAAAACAAUAGCAAUGCAGUGUGGGAAUGUUUGUCACAAUCAAUUCAAUCGCUGUCAUCUGAAUCGAAUGGCAUUUCAAAUGGAGUGAAUGCCGGUAAAAAACGUAAAAAUCCAAAUGACACGAAUGAUGUGACGACAAGCAAAAAACCAAAGACAGACACAGAAGUUAGUUUGGCCGAUUCAACCACCGAUGCACAAGGUGAAUCAACAUUCGAUUGGCAAAAACAUAUUUUACGCAUUUUCAAUAAAAAUCAAAGCAACAAUAAACUGCCCAUUGAUGCACUGAAGUCAAAGGUUAUUAAGAAAUUUUUGAAAGCAACCGGCGAUGAUGAGCCAAAUAAUGUGAAAUAUGAUAAAAAAUUUAAGAAAAACAUGAAAAAAAUUAACCAACUCUCCAUUAUCAAUGGAUUUGUUCAAUUAAAUGCAUAGAAACUAACGUUUCCAAUGAACUAUAUUUUUCAUUUAUUAACAAUAUUUAAAUUACAUCAUUUUUUUUAGAAAAUAAAGAUAACAUUUUUUAUAAA